AUGUCCACGUUCCACUCCCCUGCCACCUGCCAAAUUUCGUCCGUUUCUGCCAAGUCGGAUGGUGACGGGACAUCCGUAUCCUCUGUGGCAGCCUCGCCAGGCUCUUCCCCAUUCUGUGCGGUUGGAGCUGCUCCCUCUCCCCCCGUUCUGGCUCGGUUGUUUCUUCCUGAAACUGGCUCCUCGUCCAACGAGAUUUCUUCAGACUCAGCUUCCUCCUCGCCCAUAAACUCAGGGUCUGAGACUGCAUUAUCAGAUACUGCUCGCUCCUCGUUCGCUGGUGCAAUAGUAGCCACAGGUUCUGGUCGGUCGUGGCGUUCCCGCCAAGGGCCGGUUCUCGCUGGGAUCUCCGUUCUGCCUAGCGGGUUGCGCCCUCCUCCCCCCGCCCCCCUCGAAAACCCCCGCGUGUACCCCCUGCCUGUGCCCGCGUCGUGCCAACCGCAUUUGCCGCUACAGUGCCCCCAUUGUUGCCUGGGGCCGCGAUCCCGCCGCGUCCUGCUGGCAUCCAGGGUGUACAUCCGCCACGUGGCAGUCCCCAGGUCCCAGCCCUGCUCCGGGCCGUCUCGGCGCUGGCUGGGCUCGAAACUUCUUCCCCCCCUUCCCGCGAGCGGCGGGGGCACUCUCGCCGUUCCCGCGACCCCGUCUAUCGUUCGCCACCUGGGCGUGCCCCUGCGUGUCUGCGCCCACGGCAGCAGCAGGCGUUCCGGCGCCACACAGCGGCAGCCGUUCCCGACCCCCUCGGUCGGGGCUUCGUUCUGUUCCCCCGCUGCAGCAGCCAUCACCGCCGCCAGCACAGCAGCCGCCACUGGCGCCGGAGACGCGGACAGCGCUGCCUCCGCGGACUGUUCCUGA